AUGUACCAGCUGAUCAAACAAUUCACAUGAAUAAUUCAUGUAUCAUAGCGUUUCCAUGUACGGAAAAAGUUCCGGCCGACUAACGUUUAUAACGCAAGCGCCUGGCCGGCCGGCGCGGCUCCGAGGCCGAGGAUCUAGGAACGAUCGACGAGGACAGCGGUUUGUGUUUUCGAAGCACUUUCAGCAAUCAAGCCCUUGGUGUUUUAAUCUACUCAGGAGUUGCCAAUUUGCAUAGCAAACAACCAUGGGGUGUGCUUGCCUUGGAUCACCUACAGAUGAGCCGGAUUCAGGGCGUCUGAACCCGAAGAAGGAGAGACACUGCACAGACAUUCUAUGUACGCUCCUCUUCAUUUGUUUCUGGAUUGGCAUGUUCUUGAUAGCUGGUUAUGCUGUUGUAUUUGGUAAUGUACUAAGGGUUGUUUUUGGCUAUGAUAGCUAUGGCAAUGUUUGUGGACAGAUGAACAAACCGAUAGAGAAUGUAAGCCUGUCUGGAAUGGACAUGACAGACCGACCAUUUGUCUUCUUCAUGGAUGUACGAUAUCCCAAGGAUUCCCUUGAGGUCUGUGUGAGCAAGUGUCCUAACAGGGUGCUAAACUCAACCACUGACUACAAGACUUUUGCAGAGGAAACUGAUUCAAAAAUCUGCGAUUACCCUGUUGAUGUAGCAGACUAUGAAACUGCAGCAGUUGGCAUCAAUGGACCAUGCCCCAAUGUUGUCUUUGCCAGUAACCCCAUCAUCAAUCGAUGUGUUCCUCAGGAUCUUUUUGUCAUUGCCAAGGAGUACAUUGAGAAUAUCAUCUCAUUCUUGAAUGCCUCUGAGCUCCUAUCCAAGGCAUUAGUUGACCUCUAUAUGGCCAGAUGGAUCAUCCUUGCUCUUUGUGCUGUAUCACUUGUCCUGUCCUUUAUCAUGGUGGUUUUAAUCCAUCUAGUAGCUCAAGUCGUAGUGUGGAUCAUCUACUUUGUUUCUGUCAUCGGUUCUAUCGCUGGUACUGCAGUUCUGUGGUGGACUUAUGUAAUGAAGAAGAAAGCUUUGGAUGCAGUAGAGCCUGCAAUGCAGCUUGAUGCAGAUGUGCGAAAUGUGAAGGCUUUUCUUGGUUUCUCCAUUGCUGCUACUGUCUUCACUGUAAGUCACAUGACAUACUCUCAUUCAAUCAUAUCAUGCCAGCUCCAUGGUUUCCUGGGAUAGUCAUACAUGACCCCCAGCCCCAAAGUGAAAUUUCAAAUUUUUAUUACAUGUAAGUUUGAAAAGCAGAUCCUUAACCUAAGAUUGAUGUAUACUGUGCCAAAAUUGAGCAACAAUAAACCACACAAGUCCUUGAUUGAAUGCAGAAUAAAUUCAGUAAGAUAUAUUCAGUGAAUUAGUCUUCUGACUUUGAAACAGAGGGUCGUGGGUUCGAUUCCCAGCCAUGGCGUAAUUUCCUUCAGCAAGAAAUUCAUCCACAUUGUGCUGCACUCAACCCAGGUGAGGUGAAUGGGUACCUGGCAGGAAUUUAUUCCUUGAAAUGCCACUUCGCUGUAAAAGGCUGCGGGGCUAAAGCCAGGGUAAUAAUAUCCAAGUCCUUUGGAAGCGCAUAGGGACGUUAUGACAUAAUGUGAUAUGCGCUAUACAAGAACUGCGUUACUAUUAUUAUUAAGAAUAAGGUGACAACAAUAUAAGGAUUAUGGGGUUCACUCAAGCAUAAGAUGAGCAAACUGAGCAAUCUCAGAUAUUGUUUAUGGGGUUCACUCAAGCAUUAGAUGAGCAAACUGAGCAAUCCCAGAUAUGUAUUAUGGGUUCACUCAAGCAUUAGAUGAGCAAACUGGGUAAUCUCAGAUAUGUAUUAUGGGUUCGCUCAAGCAUUAGAUGAGCAAACUGGGUAAUCUCAGAUAUGGAUUAUGGGUUCACUCAAGCAUUAGAUGAGCAAACUGGGUAAUCUCAGAUAUGGAUUAUGGGGUUCACUCAAGCAUUAGAUGAGCAAACUGUGUAAUCUCAGAUAUGUAUUAUGGGUUCGCUCAAGCAUUAGAUGAGCAAACUGGGUAAUCUCAGAUACAUGUAUGUAUUAUGGGUUCACUCAAGCAUUAGAUGAGCAAACUGGGUAAUCUCAGAUAUGUAUUAUGGGUUCGCUCAAGCAUUAGAUGAGCAAACUGGGUAAUCUCAGAUAUGGAUUAUGGGUUCACUCAAGCAUUAGAUGAGCAAACUGGGUAAUCUCAGAUAUGUAUUAUGGGGUUCACUCAAGCAUUAGAUGAGCAAACUGGGUAAUCUCAGAUAUGUAUUAUGGGUUCACUCAAGCAUUAGAUGAGCAAACUGGGUAAUCUCAGAUAUGUAUUAUGGGUUCACUCAAGCAUUAGAUGAGCAAACUGGGUAAUCUCAGAUAUGUAUUAUGGGUUCACUCAAGCAUUAGAUGAGCAAACUGGGUAAUCUCAGAUAUGGAUUAUGGGUUCACUCAAGCAUUAGAUGAGCAAACUGGGUAAUCUCAGAUAUGUAUUAUGGGUUCACUCAAGCAUUAGAUGAGCAAACUGGGUAAUCUCAGAUAUUGAUUAUGGGUUCACUCAAGCAUUAGAUGAGCAAACUGGGUAAUCUCAGCUAUGUAUUAUGGGUUCACUCAAGCAUUAGAUGAGCAAACUGGGUAAUCUCAGAUAUGGAUUAUGGGGUUCACUCAAGCAUUAGAUGAGCAAACUGGGUAAUCUCAGAUAUGUAUUAUGGGUUCGCUCAAGCAUUAGAUGAGCAAACUGGGUAAUCUCAGAUAUGGAUUAUGGGGUUAACUCAAGCAUUAGAUGAGCAAACUGGGUAAUCUCAGAUAUGUAUUAUGGGUUCACUCAAGCAUUAGAUGAGCAAACUGGGUAAUCUCAGAUAUGUAUUAUGGGGUUCACUCAAGCAUUAGAUGAGCAAACUGGGUAAUCUCAGAUAUGUAUUAUGGGUUCACUCAAGCAUUAGAUGAGCAAACUGGGUAAUCUCAGAUAUUGAUUAUGGGUUCACUCAAGCAUUAGAUGAGCAAACUGGGUAAUCUCAGAUAUGUAUUAUGGGUUCACUCAAGCAUUAGAUGAGCAAACUGGGUAAUCUCAGAUAUGUAUUAUGGGUUCACUCAAGCAUUAGAUGAGCAAACUGGGUAAUCUCAGAUAUGGAUUAUGGGUUCGCUCAAGCGUUAGAUGAGCAAACUGGGUAAUCUCAGAUAUGUAUUAUGGGUUCACUCAAGCAUUAGAUGAGCAAACUGGGUAAUCUCAGAUAUGUAUUAUGGGUUCACUCAAGCAUUAGAUGAGCAAACUGGGUAAUCUCAGAUAUGUAUUAUGGGUUCACUCAAGCAUUAGAUGAGCAAACUGGGUAAUCUCAGAUAUGUAUUAUGGGUUCACUCAAGCAUUAGAUGAGCAAACUGGGUAAUCUCAGAUAUGUAUUAUGGGGUUCACUCAAGCAUUAGAUGAGCAAACUGGGUAAUCUCAGAUAUGUAUUAUGGGUUCACUCAAGCAUUAGAUGAGCAAACUGGGUAAUCUCAGAUAUGUAUUAUGGGUUCACUCAAGCAUUAGAUGAGCAAACUGGGUAAUCUCAGAUAUGUAUUAUGGGUUCACUCAAGCAUUAGAUGAGCAAACUGGGUAAUCUCAGAUAUGUAUUAUGGGUUCACUCAAGCAUUAGAUGAGCAAACUGGGUAAUCUCAGAUAUGGAUUAUGGGGUUCACUCAAGCAUUAGAUGAGCAAACUGUGUAAUCUCAGAUAUGUAUUAUGGGUUCGCUCAAGCAUUAGAUGAGCAAACUGGGUAAUCUCAGAUAUGGAUUAUGGGGUUAACUCAAGCAUUAGAUGAGCAAACUGGGUAAUCUCAGAUAUGGAUUAUGGGGUUAUCUCAAGCAUUAGAUGAGCAAACUGGGUAAUCUCAGAUAUGGAUUAUGGGGUUCACUCAAGCAUUAGAUGAGCAAACUGGGUAAUCUCAGAUAUGUAUUAUGGGUUCACUCAAGCAUUAGAUGAGCAAACUGGGUAAUCUCAGAUACAUGUAUGUAUUAUGGGUUCACUCAAGCAUUAGAUGAGCAAACUGGGUAAUCUCAGAUAUGGAUUAUGGGGUUCACUCAAGCAUUAGAUGAGCAAACUGUGUAAUCUCAGAUAUGUAUUAUGGGUUCGCUCAAGCAUUAGAUGAGCAAACUGGGUAAUUUCAGAUACAUGUAUGUAUUAUGGGUUCACUCAAGCAUUAGAUGAGCAAACUGGGUAAUCUCAGAUAUGUAUUAUGGGUUCGCUCAAGCAUUAGAUGAGCAAACUGGGUAAUCUCAGAUAUGUAUUAUGGGUUCGCUCAAGCAUUAGAUGAGCAAACUGGGUAAUCUCAGAUAUGUAUUAUGGGUUCGCUCAAGCAUUAGAUGAGCAAACUGGGUAAUCUCAGAUAUGUAUUAUGGGUUCGCUCAAGCAUUAGAUGAGCAAACUGGGUAAUCUCAGAUAUGUAUUAUGGGGUUCACUCAAGCAUUAGAUGAGCAAACUGGGUAAUCUCAGAUAUGUAUUAUGGGUUCGCUCAAGCAUUAGAUGAGCAAACUGGGUAAUCUCAGAUAUGUAUUAUGGGUUCGCUCAAGCAUUAGAUGAGCAAACUGUGUAAUCUCAGAUAUGUAUUAUGGGGUUCACUCAAGCAUUAGAUGAGCAAACUGGGUAAUCUCAGAUAUGGAUUAUGGGUUCGCUCAAGCGUUAGAUGAGCAAACUGGGUAAUCUCAGAUAUGUAUUAUGGGUUCGCUCAAGCAUUAGAUGAGCAAACUGGGUAAUCUCAGAUAUGGAUUAUGGGGUUCACUCAAGCAUUAGAUGAGCAAACUGUGUAAUCUCAGAUAUGUAUUAUGGGUUCGCUCAAGCAUUAGAUGAGCAAACUGGGUAAUCUCAGAUAUGUAUUAUGGGGUUCACUCAAGCAUUAGAUGAGCAAACUGGGUAAUCUCAGAUAUUGAUUAUGGGGUUCACUCAAGCAUUAGAUGAGCAAACUGGGCAAUCUCAGAUAUGGAUUAUGGGUUCACUCAAGCAUUAGAUGAGCAAACUGGGCAAUCUCAGAUAUUGAUUAAAAAUGGGGUUCACUCAAGCAUUAGAUGAGCAAACUCGGUAAUCUCAGAUAUGGAUUAUGGGUUCGCUCAAGCAUUAGAUGAGCAAACUGAGCAAUCUUGGUCCAUGCAAAUCUGGAGAAAAUGAUGUCAAAGAAACUCUUGGAUAUUGUGUUCCAUUUAUCAGUGUAGAAGUUUCACGGUGCAUCAUUUAUUUUUCUAUUGGCAUAUGUUUGUCUUUGCCAUCUUCAGGAGGAAUGUCAGGUAUUCCAUGAAGCCUAUGCACUGACUCAUUCUUCGCAUUAAGAUCCUUCAGAUUAUAUAUUUAAUUUUUCAACUUUAUUUAACUUUUUGAACAAUAUGAAGGUGAAAAUUCAAUCUUUCAAAUAAACUAAGGAAGAUCGCCAUAGCCAUACAGGAGUGGUACGGAUGAUGCAAGAACACAUUUGCUUUUAUUAUAAAGGGGUACUCUAGGCUGAAAUAAUAUGGUGUGAACAG